AUGACAGGUGUUACAGCUCCUUCCUUUGUCCAGUCUUUGCUCUCGCUGACGACAUUACGUACGUUCCAAUUCAAAGAUGGCAUCGUUUCAUCAACCACUUCAGAAUGUGAAGUUACGUUAAUGCCACUGAGACCGGUGUGGGUGGCAAGGAACUCUUCUUUUGUCCAAUCCGUGAACUCGUUGACACCAAGCUUAUAGGUGUGAUUCCCAUUGUUAUUGAAGUUCUCAAUGAAUUUCAAAUUUUUCUUGAACACUUCAAACCUCAACUGUUUCUCGGAUUCAUCGCUAUAAACUCGAGAAAAUUGGAUCAUCCAUUGUUGGUGGUAAUUAGCAAUGGAUGACUCCUGAAAAGUGAUACGGGAUGUGGCUUGAGAGAUCAUAAGAUCCAUGGAUAAAAUAGUUAGAACCACAAACACAUACGACACUAUUAAGACCAUUUUGGUUUUCAAUGGAUACAAUAAAAAUAUAUGAAAUGUUUUCACGUUUACACAGAAGCG